AAUUGCAACCAGAUAACGCAACCAUCGACACCACUCCUAAACACCUAUAAAUACUUCCACGUGGCAAAUUCCCACCCUACACGCCUUAUGUAUUGACUAGAGCUUCCUUCGUUGUUCGGCCGCAGCAGACCUCACCAUAAGAUGCAGCUAUCCAUCGGCAUCCUCUCGUGCCUCGUGGCCGUGACACUAGCCGCUCCAGCAGUCGACUACGGUCCGUGUGACUACAAUGGCAAUGACAACUGCAAAGAGAUCAUGGACAACACGGCCUGCUUCCUGAACCCCAAGGGAGCCGACGAAAUCUUCAAGUGCAUCUCAGGCGGUCGAGACGGGGUGUGCGCAUGCUACGGAUGUCUCGGCUACACGCCCGUCGGCGAGGUCAUCUCGAAGUCGAGUGCUUGCGCGGGCUUUCCCACAUCCUCUCCGCUGAAGCUCGGCGAAACGCCUACUAUCACGCCGGCGCCGACUCCGACUCCCGAACCUAAAUACUAUUAAGACUGAACUGGGGGUGAGAGGGGUGUGCCGUUAUCCUGCUGGCUUACAAGGCGGCUAUGGGGAGCGGAAUACGGCAGUUAACCACACUUCUGUGCCACUCUUUCGAAUGGGCCGCAACUGAUGGACUUGGCUGUGACCCAGUUCUGCACAGAAGUUUGGAAAUCUACAGAGAUUGACACUUAGAAAGGGAGCACAACGGUCCUUAGCCCUAAACAAAGAAAUAAUAGACACCGUCUGGUACCCCC